AUGACCGUUGCGUGGCUGCCAUGUAUGUGUCUAGUGCUAUGCUUGACUUCUUUUGACGGUUCUUUGGCCUUCCGUGUCACGCAUGGCUUCGCGGCCGCAAGGCGUCUGCCAGGUCGGCUUCGCAGCGAUCACAUCGACGAAAUGAUGUUCGAGUGCGCCAUAUACAACUCGAAUCUGCGAUUUCCUCGCAAUGUGGACUCCGAACUGAACCCUCAUGCGGCACGCGACAGUGCCACUCAGAGCCGAUUGGAGUCGAUGAGCCUCGAGCUGACAAAGCAACAGCUGGAGACUUUCAAGCGCCGCAAGGAACAUAUGCGCAUCAGCCUACCGAUCUCUGGUGAGGUGAGCCGGCCACGAGGCGGCCACCUGCAGAAGCUGUACUAUAUCCUGGAGGAGCACAACCGGGAACUGAUGGAAAACGAGCUGUACCGCACCGGGCCUGAAGGCGGGGAGCAAAACACUAUCGACAUUGACAAUUUGCGGAAGCUUGUGCUUCCCACCCAGAUGUAUCGCAUUUUUGACUCUCCAUCGGUGACUAAGCGCUACCGCCUCUUCCCGACCACUAUAAAGUCGCACUCGCCGGUGAUACCAGGCCAGUUGUCUACAAUAACACUCCAGGAACCUCACAGGGAGCUGCUAGUGGAGCAGGUGCGCUCAAGUAACGUGUUUGGGAUCCCGGUGGCCUUCCUGGAGCCAUCAAAAUUCGACAAUGUCGACCCAGAGAUCUCUCCACACGCAUGCAUGUGCGAGUUCGUGGACCUGACCGACUUCGAUACCACCGGCAAGAUAGUGGUGCGUGCCACGCAGCGGCUCUCGAUCGUUGAUAUGCCGACGACCAAGGAUCCCAUUGUGCUGGCGGAUGUGUCGAUCCUAGAAGACGAGCAUGAGCGGUUGCGCAACCCAAACCUAACACACGGCAAUGCACGCGCGGUGGAGAAGCUGUACGACAAGUGCAACGCACAGGAGGCUCAGCUAUGCCAACUUGAGGGCCGAAUGGGCGAUGUAGAAAUCGUCGAGUCGCGCGAGUUGUUCGCGGACAAGCUUGCUCGGAUGAUACGCGACGUGCCGUUAGAUGGCGAUCACGAGUACAGGAUUCUUGAACUGACUGGGUUCGCCGCGCUAGAAUUCCAUGCAGAUACCGAGACGCGAAUGUGGGCCGCCAACACACGUGACACGGAAGAGCGCCUAGCGUGUGCAAUCACCGUUCUGGAAGAGAAAUCGGCCUAUCUGAAGGGUCGAAUCGCGGAAGUGAAAAGGAACGCUAAUCCGCCGGUGGCGGUUAAGGUGGCAGAGGUAAACGUCUAG